AUGUCCAAAGACUUCAGGGCUGAUGGCUAUUACGAUAGCUGGUCAAGCAACCUCAACAAAGCAUCUCCGGAAAAGCGACAGGGACUAGUUCACAAACAUCGCACUCUUUACGAAAUCAUUGUCAAGAAAGGUAGCGAACAGAGCACAAUUUUUAUCAAUCUUAAACGCGGUGAAGGUGAAAUUACGAGGUCGACAUCGGACCACGCAGAUGUGAUUGCCACCAUUGGCGAUGAUGAUUUGAUUCAUUGGAUCCAGGGCUCGGUGAAUGGUCAGAGGUUAUUCAUGUUGGGAAAGUUGAAGGUCAAGGAUAGACUUUUCCAAGACCUUAAUACGCUGGAGUCGUGA